UUGGAUCUGGACGGUCUGGCGGCGUCGGCGCGUCUUGACUUCGCUGCAAUGCGGGGGUAGCGCACCUGUGGGCCCUGAUAAAGCGAAAGAAAAGAAAUCACCUGUUGCUCAACCUGUGAGAAAGCUACUUUUGUUCCAACCUGUGUGCCUGCUACUUUUCUCGCCUACAACGCAAACCUUUGUCUCUCUGUCAUUUUUUUCUUGCCUCACGUGGGCGUGACUUUCUUAACGUAACGUGGGUAGUUUUCUGUCUGACGUCACAAGGUGUCAGUAAUCCUGCACACUUUGACCCGAGGUCGAUACCAUUGUUGUUGAAAUGUGCCCAGGUCGCCCCUCCCUGAAAACGGUCCCUCUCCGAGGGGACUCCGCCUUUUCGACAGGUGAUCUCCUCGCACGGAGGUGAGAGAGGGGAGAGGAGGAGGAAGGAAAAUUUGCAACCGUGUUGUCACAUGGUAAUUUCAAACGAUACCGGACAAACAGAUUUAGUCACGUGGUGUGUGUGUUCUAAAUACCGGGAGCACCGAGCGCUGACGUUGAUUUAUCGUACGAACGCCAGCAAGUUUAUAGCGGCAAUCUAGUUCAAGUUGGGCCAAUGAAAGCUCGCUAGAGGAUGGACGGGAAUAAUCCGUACUAUGGCGGCUACCCACGAGAAGGGUACGAGGCGCAGCGGCCGAUGAUCCCGGCGUCGUACCAGCAGCACCAGGCCCGGUCGUCCUGCCUGUACGCCAACACCCAACAGCCGCAGCACGCCAUGCCCUACCCGCCGCCAAACAUGUCCGUCGUGGAGCUGGAUCAGCUGGACGCAGAACUUCCGGGCGGCGGCAUGCCGGGGCCCGGCCCCAUGGCGUCCUCGGGACCAGGCCCGACCCAGCCCGUCCACCACGCCGGCCCGCCCCCUGCCCCGCAGUCCAGCUGUGCCGUCAACAGGAACGAGAACCUGCCGUUCCCCUGGAUGAAGACCACCAAGUCUCACGCUCACGCCUGGAAGUCUCAGUGGCCAGGUGCGUCCUUCGCUGUUGAGGAUGAGAACAAGAGAACGCGCACAGCCUACACCCGGGGCCAGCUCCUGGAGCUGGAGAAGGAGUUUCACUUCAACAAGUACAUUUCCCGGCCGCGCAGGAUAGAGCUAGCCGCCAUGCUCAACCUCACAGAGAGACACAUCAAAAUCUGGUUCCAGAACCGCCGCAUGAAGUGGAAAAAGGAGCAGGCAAAGCGGCGGCCGCUGCCCGAGUCUGCCUCCAGCACGACCCCCGGGGGCAGCGGCGGGGCCGGCACCGCGGCGGGGGGCGCCGAGUCCACGGGGACCAGCGGCACCGACCCCGAGACUUCACCGGUCAGAGAGCCGGUCUCGACGCCUCCCGCCUCCACGUCUUUACCGGUGUCUCCACCUGUGAACUCAGGUGUACAGGGGACCUCAGCAGCUUCCCACACGGGCGGGGUUACCGUUCCCCCCGUGCACCAAACACUGCCUCAUAGCGUUACCGGACCGACAGAGCCCACACUCCAACGGGAAAACCUCUCACAGAGCCUGGCCUUUUCACGCUCCUGAUUCCCGCAAUAGAUACGUCAACAACGGCUCUCCGGUCAAUAGGACUAAUUUGUAAGGCAUUCUUGUGGGAUUUCUCCGAAUCAAAGGCAUCAACGCAGGUGGUUUUUCAUUAGAAAAACACCAGAAGAAAGGACUUGAAAUCUAUACCACAGAUAAACCUAUAUUUGCAAGAUAAUCGUUCUAGUCGGUCGACUCACAAAGCAGCUAUGUAGUACCAGGGGGAAUGAAACAAUCGUUUAGCGACGUUUUACAUAACCAAGACGCAAGUGUCCUGGAGGAAUACUUCCAAGUGUCGGCCGGACCCCGUCAAAGACUAGCCCGAUUUGCAUAAUGAAAGAGGUACAAAUUAGUAGGAAUUAUUAGACUGAGGGGCGGGCGGGGCGCGUGGUCAAGUCGAGGGCACGGGGUUACCCUUCAUUCUCAUGGAAAACUGCGAGUCGGCGGCGCCUUUACUAUGCAUGUCCGUCCCGUUUGUAGUGGGACAGGCCCGCCGGUAAAGACGGACACGGCGGCGGCGGGUUGAAAGGGACUCGCGCGCCGUGAUUAGAACGAUGUACAAGAUCGGAGACACACGAUAAAGAGCUCAGUACAUCCCUAGGGUAAGCAAGAGGCGUUAGCAUUGUGCUUCUGCAUAUUGGGAAAGGCUGACAAUGGAACCCGGCGGCUCCUUUGGUGCUCGUGACACACAGAAAAGAAACCCUAUAUUAUAUAUCAGUGUAUUUUUUUUCAGUUUGAAGGAAGCGACGACUACGUGCGAACAGGACGAGGUGUGAACGAAACCUUCCAGACAAAGCUAUUGUUUCCCAUCAUUCAUCAAACCAGACAUGUAGCAGACCCGUGACAAAUUGUUCGUUAGGAAGCCAAGAAAAAAUAAUGUGUACGGAGACAUGUGAAUAAAACAAUGUAGAAAUAUCAACUACAUUUUGAACGAGUCCGUUAUGAUAACGGAUAUAACGGAUUUUCCAGUGACGUUUGUAUUGGAACCGUUGCCCUUGAAACGCCUGGGCCCUGUACAAUAAUUAGUGUGAAAUCUGUACAAAUUAGUCCAGCGUUUAUGCUCCCUAGGUUUUUAUCAGUGACCUGGAAGCUCGCAGGUAUUUGUCAACCGGUUGUUGUGGGCUUCGUAGCGACGGGGUCCUCCUCUUGUAACCCCCGUAAAGAUCAAAUAUUGGAGCCAAACUCAGGCCUGUUUAGCGCCACAAUGUUUACAAGAACAUCAAUGUUAGAGGUCCUGAGUUCACAUCUGUAGCAAUGUUGCCCAAAUAAUCACAUACAAGUCUGUUGAUAUGAAGUGAAAUGCAAGCGAAAGACGAUUACUAUGAGUGAUUUGCGUGGCUUCACGACGCCGGUCGUUGGCUUGACAGAUCUGAGUGGUUUGGCUUAAAUGAGCGUUAUCAAUUUGCACUCUGAAUUGUUGACAAGAUUUGCCGUAGUCAAGGGAAACGGGAUACAAUAAUGAGAGAAAGAAGGCUAAAAAAACCUUGGCCGUUUCCGAACAAAAAAUCGACAUCAAACAAUCCGGAUUAGUCUGGUACUGGUGUGAGUUUCUGUUGUCCGGUUCAAAAAUGGCCCAACGUUUGGUGGGUCUGUGUUUUUUUCGACUGAUGAGGACAGACAGAGAUUACCCUUUUUCCUGGCCACUCUGGAGAAUUUGUCUACAAAGUCAGAGGAACGAAAGUUUUAAGAAACGGUAGGUACUUAAGUUAGAAUAUAUAGAUAUCCGGGACAGCUUUUCUGUACGGUAUGUACAUUUACGUCAGCAAGAAACGUCCGGUCUCAAAUCUGUAAACAUACUAAAAGUUUAGUGACUAAAACAUAAAACACGACUGAAAUUCGAUCCCUGGAAGAAUGACCUAUAGCUGCAUGUUAGCGCCAAGAAGUGCGCGUAAACUACAACGCUUUUCGGAAAAAAAUACUAGUCAAAUCAUAGAAAGUGGGCCUUUCUGUCUAUCAUCCCCAAAAUAUUGUCCGGAUAUUUUUGCUCAACUUAUGUCGCCAUUUUGGCGGCGACUAAAGCAGGCAAAACUGCAUUUUCUUUUUUUUUCAAGUAACCUAUCAGCAAUAUUCGGACAAUUCAAUGUUGAAAGCGGCUCAAUAGAUCUACCUUUGACUGGCAAAAAAACGAGGACGACCGUUCACACGUUUGGGUAGGGCCCGUACAUUUUUCGUACGACCGCAAACUGAGGGUAGUCUGGCCUUACAAAAUUCCACUGUCUGCUACGAAAAGGGCCCCACUAGAUCCUUGUCGGUGGUUGAUUCUGUGAAUUUCUGUCACAGCCUACUUGAAAAUUCUAUGCAUAAAACCCUACGACCACUGUGACGGCGCCGGUAGGACACAUUGAAACGUCGCUGAACGAUUGGCGGAGCUAUCUACCGCUUCUACCCCCUUGAAAGGACCAAAUUAAAGCAAUAAUCUAACACUCAGGAAUAUCACAGGAGAUAUAUUUCACAUAUCCAUCUCAAUAGUAAUUGGAAACCAUGCUGAUUUAUGGACCCAUAUUUUAUAGACCGCCAUCUGGGUCGACCACUGUGGAAACCGUACUAGAUAUAAUAGAGCUAGCCUUAGAACACAGGCUGAUAUGAAUGUAGCAAAGUUGUCUUUAUAUAGAAAUUUUAGAGUGUAAAAUCUAUUCAAUAUGUUCCUUGUGAUUAUUUAUUAAGACGCAAUCAAAGUUUUAAUGUUAAUAUAGAAACGUUUCUUGAAGUAUAUAAUCAGUGUCAUUUGCUCAGCUAUGUACGAAAACGCAAAGCUAUAAUUCGCUAUCGUUGGUGCUUGAUACUAUGUUAGAUCUGCCUUGUUACACGUGAGGAUGUGUAUCUACAGUGCCUGUUGUAAAAGUGUUCAGAAAAUGUGAUAGAGGAAAAGGCGUUAUAAAUACAUUAAACCGUUAUUUUCCCGUUUUA